UGUGUGUGUGUGUGUGUGUGUGUGUUUAAACCGUUUCAACAGCUCGUUUUGGCUCGUUUUUCUGGUUGCUAAGGAACUCCUGGACGGCUCUGGUGGUUGCUAGGGGGCGUAGCUUAUCUUUACAUGCCUUUGAAAUGUCGUGACGUCAUUCGAAAGAUCAGAAGCAACAACCUGUGAUAGGCCAAAGUGAAGUGAAGAUCUGAGUUCAGGUGCUAGGGGCGUGGCUUAUCUUUACAUGCCUUUGAAGUGUCGUGACGUCAUUCGAAAGUUUAUAAAUAGGCCAAAGUGAAGUGAAGAUCUGAGUUCAGAUUUCUCUGAAUACUUUGACAGCACAGCGAGGAUUCAAAAAGGAUUACAGACUGUCUGUAGCAACAAGUCAAACAAGGAUUAUGGAUAAGGGAAGCAAGAUAAGUGAACCACAGACCACUGAAGCCUCAGAACUCACCUGCAAGCUGAGAAAAGACAUGGCGAAGAGUAAGAUAACAGCAGCUGAGAGCUUCAUUAGCAGAGCUACGGAAGCUGUCAUAAACAUUUUCUCAGAGGUUAGUCCACAGGUUGAAUGCAAGGAACACAUGGAUGACAUCAUGCAGCACAUCAUCCAAAACAGGAAUGAGGCUGCAUUGGAUAUUGCAGAGUUCAUAUGGGCUAACAAACAGGCAUUUGGCCUUAACCAACCAGAUGGCUCAUCAACCUCAGACCAUCAAAGCGGAUACGAUCCUUAUUUUGAGGACACCGACAUUCUCAGAUUUCUCAGGGACACAGAUCUCUCUGAAAUUUACAUUUGGAAUGUCCUGUUGAACAAAAUCAAGACCUUUUUUCUUCGCAAAAUUAUCAAAGAGGUUAUCGUCAGCUACAUAGUGAAGUUAAGAAACGGGCCAUACGGCUUCUCUGCAGAGAAGACACCCCUGAAUGCCAUAGUACCGGUGGCAUCUGAGAUAGUUGAGGCUUUGAUCCCACCUAGUAACCAGAAGAAGUGCGUCUACAAAGAGACUCAAUCGCACAUUUUUAAUAGUGACUAUAAGAUGGUUUCUGAGUUGCUUGAGGAAUUCCUUCUUGACAUGAUUGGAACAGACGAUGACCCUGUUAAGUUCAGGGGGAUCAACUCUGCCGUUAAAUUGGUAAUGAGUGAUGUGUGGGAGUGGCUCGUGUAUGAGGUUGAAGAGCGCAACCAAAGAAACAAAGCGGUAAGGAGUUUAGAAAAGAUCAAGCUACUAGUAAUAGAUUUUUCCAAGCCCACCGAAGAGGAACCCGAGGAACCAACACCACCUAGCACUGUUGUGCUAGUUAGCAGCGAUGAUGAGGAGGAUGAACUCAUCGAUGAUGAUGAGGAUGAACUCAUCGAUGAUGAUGAGGAUGAACUCAUCGAUGAAGACGACGACUCACUGACACCUGAGGUACCACUACCUAACGUGACUGCUCAACAACCUCAGUCAACUGAACAUAUAGAUCCGUUUUAUAUGUUAGUGGUGUCAGCAGUCCUGGGUCAGAUUUUCAAAAGGGCCAGGGGUGACUCAUGUCAUGUCCACAUUACAGUGUCACAACAGGACAUCAAGGACAUGUCAUCAGCACUGGCACUCAUGCUUUGCACCAAAAUGGCAGGCUCUGAUUUUGUCAAGCCAAGUAGUGAUAACAUCGAGAAAACCGCGAGGGCAGUGCACAAAGCGCUGUAUAAAGAGAUGGGCAGCAGAUAUACCGUGUAUCUGAGAAUGCUGUCACGGGACUUAAUCUACGAGGAUGUCACAGAGACUAUAAAAAGGCACCUAGUGAAGCCCAGACAGACCGGCGUGAAGGGGUUCUUCAACUCCUUCUUCAAGAUCGUGUCCUACCCCUUCAGAGCCUGCUUCACACAUGGCUGAAAAAGCUAUAAGGUCAGUGUUCAACUCUGGACCUUGACCUUGAAGCUGUGAGGGGUGAACACAUGCCCACAGUGGUUUUCUCCGAGUGCUUCGGUUUCUCCACAUUUAAAUAAUAACAAAAAAACACCCCCAGAGUAACAUCUUAUCCCGCAGGUCUGCACAGGUGCUUUAGUGUUCACUGUUCACACAUGCCCACAGUGGUUUUCUCCGAGUGCUUCGGUUUCUCCACGUUUAAAUAAUAACAAAAAAAAAAACACCCCCAGAGUAACAUCUUAUCCCGCAGGUCUGCACAGGUGCUUUAGCGUUCACUGUUCACAACUAUAAGGUCAGCGUUCAACUCUGGACCUUGACCUUGAAGCUGUGAGGGGUGAACACAUGCCCACAGUGGUUUUCUCCGAGUGCUUCGGUUUCUCCACAUUUAAAUAAUAACUAAAAAACACCCCCAGAGUAACAUCUUAUCCCGCAGGUCUGCACAGGUGCUUUAGUGUUCACUGUUCACAACUAUAAGGUCAGCGUUCAACUCUGGACCUUGACCUUGAAGCUGUGAGGGGUGAACACAUGCCCACAGUGGUUUUCUCCGAGUGCUUCGGUUUCUCCAUGUUUAAAUAA